CACACAUGUUUGAUGUUAUGCAGUGCGUUCACGAAAUUUAGGUUAUCUUUACUUCACAACAUGGGAAUCUAGCACAAGAGAAAUCAUUGUAUAUUUUUAUAGUUUUAUAAAAAUUAGUGUUGUUUCGCUCAUGCGUUGUAUAUAUAUUUUAUAUAAAUUUUGAAAUUUUGAACAGGAAUACUUAGUUAAUUAGUCAACAUGACUCGUUUUGCAAGGGCCAAAGGUUCGAAAUCGUCAAACGAACGAUUACCAGAUGAGCCAACGCCAUGGCAUGUUAUGAAGCAGCAGCUGGAAUCCAAUUUGGAGCCCGCUAAGGAGCCUCAAGCAAAAACAAAAACAGCCAGACAACUGCUCAAUGAAAAGGAAGAUCUUUAUUAUGCACAAUCUGUGGGUAAUGUUAACACAGACUGGGCAGAAUUCGAUGCUCCCAAAAAGACAAAUGGUAUAAAUAGUGGAAAAAUCGAAAAGAAGCAAAAAGACCAAAAUGAAAAUGUCAAGAAAGCCGUCAAGAAUGUUAAGCUAGAAGAACCUAAACAGGUAUCUGCAAAAGCAGAAAAAAUAGUGAAAGAGAACACAUCUGAAGAUGUAGGGGAAAGAGAAAAGAAUACAAAGGCAAAAAGGAAAGCUGAAAAUACAUUUCAAACAGAAGAACACCUUCCAACAAAAACAGAAAACACAAACGAAGAUAUACAAGAAAGAAGAAGAAAUAAAAAAGCAAAAAGGAAAGCUGACAAUGCAUCUCAAGCAAAAAUUGUUAAAACAGAGAAGCAGGAGAACCCUCCAGUGAAAAUAGAAAACCCAUCCGAAAGUAAAUCUGAAAAUGCUGAAACAGGUGGUAAGUUGAGCAAGAGGCAAAAACGAAACCAAAAAAAGCAAAAUCAGAAAACUGAUGAGAAAAACGAUCGUGCACAAACUGCUCCAUUCAAUGCUGAAGGAAAUGAUUGGGACAAUUCAGUGAGUUUCAAUAAGAGAAGAAAAUUCAGUGACGAUCAAGACAGAAAACCUAUGGGCAACGGUGGUCAAAAUAAUUUUAGGGAUAGAAACUCUAAUUCUAAUUUCAAUGAAUACAAGAACUUUAGACGCUUUGGUAAUAACGUUCCUAAGAAAUUCCAGCCAAAGUCAGCCAAACCUCGAGAUGAUAAAGAACACCAACGCAGAAAACCAGAUCAACCUGCAAUGAAAGUCACAAUCAAUGGAAUGGAUCUCGAAAUUGUCAAAUACGAUGGAUUCCCAGUUAAGAAGGAAGAUGCUGAGAGAUUAACAGAGCUGCGUAAAGAAAUGGUUCUCAAGGGUAUACCCAAAUCUGAAAUAGAUGCAGCUAUGAAGCUAGAAAGAAGAAAAUGUGAAAAAGCAUUGGCACGCGUCAGAAGACAAGUCUGUUUCCAUUGUAGAAAAGCUGGACAUAAUUUGUCAGACUGCCCAGAACUAGGAAAAGAAGAAGCAGGCACAGGAAUCUGUUUUAAAUGUGGUUCCACUGAACAUACGCACUUUGAGUGCAAAGUAAACAAAUCAGAUGAUUAUAGGUAUGCAAAAUGCUUCAUUUGUAGAGAGCAGGGCCAUAUUGCAAAACAAUGUCCUGAUAAUCCAAAGGGUUUAUAUCCUGAUGGUGGUUCGUGUAAAAUUUGUGGUGAUGUAACCCAUCUGAAGAAAGAUUGUCCAGACUUAGUAAAAGAAAAAGAAGAGACAGCCAUCACGCUUGAUACCAUCAAAGAUGCAAAUCUUGAAGUAUUAGAUAACGAAACCACUAAAGUUAAAACAGAAGCUAAACCAACUAAGAAAAUUGUAAAAUUUUAAAAGUAGGAUAAUUUUGUAAAAAUUCUAUAUGUACCAAUAAAAAAUCUUAUUUUUCAAAAACAACAAA